AGUAACAUUUCGACGCAUGCGCAGUUCAACCGAGUUCCUGCCACUCUCCCUGGUCGCUUUUGCCCUCCAAAUUCGAUUCUAAAACAUGUUUUGUCUUCUACACCGGAGAUUUUUGCAUUCGUCAUGUCGCCUCCAGAAGAAGAAAAGCAACGCGGAGCACAGGUGGCUUGCGCGGCAGACGAACGACCCUUACGUCAAAGCUUCUCACGCUCUAAACUUCCGCUGCCGGAGCGCCUUCAAGUUGUUGGAAAUCGACGACAAGUUCCGUCUCUUGCAACCGGGAAGCUGCGUGGUGGAUUGCGGGGCGGCGCCCGGAGCCUGGAGCCAGGUGGCUGUGCACCGAGUCAACUCAGCGGGGACCGAUCCAACGUUACCCCGGGGUACAGUCGUCGGCAUUGACCUCCUAAACAUACCACCUCUGGAUGGCGCUCACUUUCUGUCCAACCACAAUGUCGCCGACCCCGCCACACAUGCCAAGCUGUCUGAGCUCCUGCCCGGCGGCCGGGCUCAUGUCCUCCUCAGUGACAUGGCGCCCAAUGCCAGCGGCUUCCGGGACCUGGACCACGAGAGGCUCAUCGGCUUGUGCUCGUCACUGCUUGACCUGGCCGAGAUUAUUUUGCACUCCGGAGGCUCUCUGCUGUGCAAAUACUGGGACGGCGCCCUGACCUGUCAUCUCCAGGACAAACUCUGUCUCGUGUUUGGGAGCGUUCGGAGUUUAAAGCCACAUGCGAGUCGCACAGAUUCUGCGGAGAGGUAUUUCCUUGCCAGAAACUACAGGAAAGCAGUCAAUUCAUAGACUUCAUUACCUCGACCAAGCACUAUAUAUUUCCGGUUUGGGAUGAGCCGUAUUUUUUUUCCCCCCACGGCUAUAACUUCAACUUUAGCACAAAUGUUUGGUCUUAAAGAAUUCUGAUUCAAGUGUGCGUUGUGUUUACAAGGUCAUGUCAAACCAUUUGUCAGUCUAGAUCUGAUCUACAUUUGAGGCAAAUAACCAUCUUCCAGACCUUCAAAAAUUCACCUGAAAAUGUUCGGAUUUUGGGAUAUCUCCCUAAUCACAUGAGCUCAGCUUCCCGUUUUAUAAAAAUGUUUCUGUAAGAAUAUUUGUUACCAAAAUGGACACAGUUGGCCUCACUGUAACCGAGGAACCAUAUGACUGCUUCUUCUGUUUAAAGAGUGGAUAAUGACCAUAUUGAAAAAAAACGAUUAACUAAAAGCAAAAUAACGUCUUGUCUGAUUUAAUAUGCAAACUAAGGUGUGAUAUUUUUGAAAUGUUUUUUUCCCCAAGAUUUGCUGUAACGUGUCUCCCAACAUGAAUCAGGAUAAAAUAUUACCUGAUGUACCUUAUCAAAAUAAGUAGUAUUGUAUAUUACUGUGUGUCUGAAAUACAAAUAAUAAAUUUA